AUGCGAAAACGAGCUGAAAAUGAAUUAUUACCUUUGCAACAAAUUGCUGAACAAGAAGUACGACAAGGUCUACUCACUGGUGAAGCUCUUGCUGUUUUACCAAAUAUUCUUAAUCUUGGCCAUAACUUGGUGAAUAAUCGAAGAGUAAUGAUGCCUCCAAUUCCACAGUCAUAUUCUUUCACUAUUCCAGAUGAAUAUAAAAACGAUUAUCUUAAUAAGGAUUGUCUUUUAUUACACGACAGUUAUGAUCCACAAUUUUCUACGAAUGAUUCAUUAUAUGCAUCACCCGAAGGAAGAAUUCUCAUAUGGUCAUCAGAUAUUCAAUUGAAAUUAUUAUUUGAUAGUGAUAAACUUUAUAUGGAUGAAACAUUUUCCACCUCUCCACCCAAUUUUGAUCAGGUGUACAUCAUUCAAGCCAUUCAUCAUGAAUCAUCAAAAAGGCUUAACAAAAAGUUCAAUCCGUGUUUACUCAUGACUGAUUUUGAACAAGGAGUUUCUCGUGCAGUUUCACUUAUGUUCGCAGGAGCAACAGUACAAAAAAGGUUGCUUUUUCCAUUUUUGCCAAGCUAUCUAUCGAAAUGUUCAAUUCAAUGGUUUAUCAUCAA